AUGCGUGCGCAGCGGCUGCUGUGGCCCAUCCUUGCGGCUCUCCUGGGGGCCCCUCUGGGGGCCCCCACGGGGCCCCCCGGGGGCCCCCCCGCGGGGCCCCUGGGGGCCCUUGCGGUCGCCGUGGGGGCCCCCCAUGGGUCCUGGGGCCCCCCGUCGGGUCCAGAGCCGGGGCAGCAGUCGGUGGCCCCCGUGGGGGCCCCUGUGGAGGCCCCCGUGGGGGCCCCCGUGGGGGCCCCCGUGGGGCUGGGGGCCCCCCCGGGGGGCCCCCCGGGGGGCCCCCAGGGGGCCCCCGGGCGCCGGGGGGGCCCCCGGGAAGAGGAAGAAGCGGCGAUUGCUGCAGCACUGGGCCCCUUUUACCUGAGCCCGUCGGAGCAGCAGCAGCGAGGGGCGCAGCAGCGGCGCAGGGCCCUGCUGCUGCACCUGGGUCUUGCUGCUGCUGCUCUGGGGGCCCUCGAACUUGUGCUGCGGGUCUAUUUGCUGCCGCUGGCCCACGCGCAGCGCCGCGAGAGCCGCAGGCGCAGCCCCGGCAAGCAGCAGCAGGGGCCCCCCGAGCUGCUGCCGCUGCUGCUGACUUCGCCUCCAGUCUUGGGUUUUGCUGCUGCUGCUCUCGUGCUGCUGCUCUGCAGCACUGCUGCUUUCUACAAAACUCUUUACCAAAUCCUCGCCGCCAAAAUCGGCUGA